AUGGCCAUCACAUCCUGUUGUGAUGAGUGCCAGAGCUGCCAGCCCUGCGGCCCCACCCCGCUGGGCAGCAGCUGCAACGAGCCCUGUGUCAGGCAGUGCCAGGAUUCCACCAUCAUCAUCGAACCCUCGCCCGUGGUGGUGACCCUGCCCGGCCCCAUCCUCAGCUCCUUCCCACAGAACACCGCCGUGGGAUCCUCCACCUCCGCUGCUGUUGGCAGCAUCCUCAGCUGUGAUGGAGUGCCCAUCAACUCUGGGGGCUUUGACCUCUCCUGCAUCACCAACCGCUACUGCAACAGGAUCUGCUAA